CUGGCGGCCCGCCCAAAACAGAAAAAAGAAAAAAAACCCUUCGGUCCGAGUCGCCCUCCACUUUUUUACUGGAAGAGUCAAGCGAGAGCACCCCCAAAACUCGAUCAAAAAGGUUUUGCCCUAACUUUGUCACCCCUGCGGCCUGCCACCGACCCCAGCCCCCAUCCUUUCCCCUUCCCCUCUUCCCUUCCGGCCGCUUGCCAAACGCCAUCGGAAGCCCCCGCGAGGCCACAUCGAAGAUCGGGUUCUUCACUCUUCAGAAAUCAGAAUCCUCCUCGUCGCCUCUUCCGCUUCCGCUUCCGCUUCCGCUUCCGCUUCCGCUCUCCAACGAUGGAUCAGUAAUCGGGUGGUUCUUUACAACCCAGGGAGAGAGAAGAAUCGAGGUUGCCGCCACCAUGAACAGGGAAGUGGCGCAUAGAACGCUCGGCUUCCUUCUCCGCCGACCCUUUGAUCUCAUAAAAACCCUAACCCUAACCACUUCAUCUUCUCCUCUAUCUUCCUCCCCCUCUUCUCCGAGUGCGUCGGAUACUCCUCAAAACCCUAAUCUGAGAAAGAAGAAGAAGAACCUGUUUGACGUGGUGAAGUUCCUCCCCGACUGGGGGAUUGGCUACAAGGUAGCGAAGACGCAUUGGAGGGACGUCUCAUACCAGAUCACCAAGAUCAAUCUCUACAAGGAUGGGCGGCAUGGGAAGGCAUGGGGAAUCCGAUUCAAGGCAGGGCUGCAAGCCGCAGAUGAUCCCAUCCGAAUAAGUGGAGUGAAUAAACGCGGGUGGAAGUAUAUAAAAGAAUCUCAGAAGAAAAAGGAUUCGCCGUCGAAAGCAGAGGAAGUAAGCUUGGCCUAAUCAUAGUGUUUCUGCACCACUACACAUCCGCAUUGUUAUGUUGUCCUAACUGUUUUGUUGUUCAAAGAUCAUAUGCGAACUUGUUCUUUUGACUAAGGAAUAUGGCGAAUUUUAUUUCUUCAUCAUGGCAAUUUUCUGAGACAUAAAAACUGAUGAAGUAGAUGGAGAUAUUUUGAUUUUUUAUGAAAAGCAUUAAUACCUCUUGAUACAUGGGGAAUAAAUUUGUGGGCUCGAUCUUCAUAAACUGGCUUCGUACUAUAGUUUUUCCCGGCACUGUUGGACAUUUCGACCUAUUUUACUUGAAGAGGUAUUCUUUCUCUGUA